AUGUUCACGGCUGCCCAUCUCUAUACUGACAGUCACACUGAACGUGUUACUCAAUCGUUUGAGUACGUGUUGCGGUGUUUUGCCAUGUCCAUCUCUUCAUGGAGUGCGUUCCUGCUAAUGGCUGAAUUUGCGAUGAACAACGCGGCUCAUACGAUUACGGGUUUGACCCUCUUUUCGCAAAUUAACGCGCGUCACCCACGUACUCUCGUUCUCGUGAACUUGCUGGGUACCUCUAAGCCUGGUGAGGAAGGGACACAAUGUGCUAUGGCGUCGAUGGAUGCUGCGGUGACCAACACCGCAGCUGACAGCGUUCCGAGUUUCAGGCCUGGCGACGAUGCUGACGGUUCUUUUCCUUUGUAG